AUUAUAAGAUCGAGCUUAUUCACUUCUUCUGUAAGAAAGAUUUGUAGUUACAGUUUCCCGUGCGGUAUCAUCCAUAGUGGAAGCUCAACCCUGAAUUUCCUAAGGGUUGUUUUCUGGUUUUCAUCCCCUUAUCGAAAUAAAUUUCUGAAUUUUACAGGAGACCGUAUUUUGAGGUCUAUUAUGUGUUUCCAGUGGAUUAAAUAUGAACCGAUCGAAAUAGUGAAAAGACCAAACCGACUUGAUGUCAACAUCUAUUGAAAACUGGAGGACAGCUUUCAUUUAAGAGGAAUAUAUUUUUUCUUGUAUUCACAGGACCUCGGUUGCUUCUUUGAUAUUUACUAUGUUGGAUUAAUAAAAGCAAUGGGAAGCUUACCAAACCUACACGAGCUUGGAAAAGAAAAUGCCAUCUCAGGAUAUAAACCUACAGCAGCCCUAGGACAUCUUUGUGGUGGUCAAGGGGGCUAUGUCUUGUCAGAACACGAGAAAAAUAAAAUAUUACAUCGCCAUAACAAAGUUGGGAAAACUAGAAGCUACGGAUGUGAACCCAAUAAGAUAAUAAUUGACGAUUCAACUUUAGAGCAUAUGGCUGGAUAUUCACCCGUUUCUAAUCGUUCAAUACGCCAAUUUCAUCAGAUAAGAAGAAAAGAUUCUCUGAGUAGUUCGAUAGGAGCAACUUCAGUGAGACGACUUUUAGCUGUUGUUCGAAAUGGUCCUUCGCAUAAGCAAAAAGUGCACAGAACAUCAUCGCCAAGUAAACACAACCUCAUUGUUAAUUUGAUACUUUUAUCCAUUUCUCAUCUUACGGUAACUGCGACAUAUCUUCCUUACUUGUCAUUACAAAGUUCUCUAUCUAUUUGGUCUAAGCCAGAUGAUUUGUCUUCUCUUGAUGUGAAUGUUGGACCAUUGUUUUUGGGAUUGAGUCAUGUGCUUGCUAGUAUUGUAUGCUUGGCAACGUUACAUUUCAAUCAAAGGUUGGCCAGCAACAUUAUUUUAGCUGUUAGUUAUCUAUUGUUAACUGUACAUUAUAUUAUAAACCUCCAUCCAGUUUUAUACCUCAUGAUACCAUCAACUGUUAUUUUUGGUAUAGCUUUGGGUUUGACAGUAAAUGCUCAAGUCACUUGUUUCAUGACCAUAGCCAUUAAAUUGUCCAACAAUUAUAGAAUGGUGGAUGAAGAUGAAGAAAUAAAGAAUAUCAGAUACACUUGCCUUAUAAGAAGGGUAUCUAGAGCUUUCAGAGGCGCUCAUGACAUCGGGUUGAUCUUGGGGUCAAUUGUUUCCACAUUAAUUAUUUAUUGGACUAUUGGAAGUGACAAUUCAAAUACCCAUAUCAUAACGAAUUCUACAGAAAUCAUAUGUCUACAAGCUUCCUUUGUGAAUAAAACUUCUAACUGCUCAACUACCACAGUUGAAGAAAUAUCCACAACCUAUGAUUACGCAUCUUUCUUGGAUGACAUGUUCGAUACAGUGGAAGGCAACAGACUUUGCGGUUCCCAAGCUUGUCCCUCUAGAUACUCCCUGAAUUUCAACAAUUCUAUCGACACUCAGUACUUCUCGGUACUGCCAAUAGGCACAGCGCAGGCGCUGACCGGCUUUUAUGCUUUUCUUUGUGCUGCUGCAACUGCACUCAUCGUAAUCGGUAUGGAUACUUUGAAUUUAUAUAACCACCAGGAAGGUUCAGAUAAGCCACAACUGAUGACCACCAUCAGGAGUGUAAAAGAAACUUUCAGGGAUUCUAGGAUAAAGCUAGUGGCUCCUAUGAUGUUCUUCAUCGGAUUGGAACAGGCUUUCAUCUAUUCGGAUUUUGGAAAGUCGUAUGUCGUCUGUACUUUGGGUAUACAGCGUUUGAACCUAGUUUAUCUAGCUAUGGGAUCGUUACAGUCGAUAGCUGCCUGCACUCUGAGCAUGCUCUUGAGAUCUAUCAGAAGGUAUUAUAUAGUGGGAGUUGGUUUUACAUUUCAUUCUUGUUUGAUGUUGGUUCUCAUUCUCUGGAAGCCAAUAGAAGAUGAUCCUGCCUUAUUUUUUGUGAUAUCUGCAGCAUGGGGAGUAUGCAACGCUAUCUGGGAAAUGUUAAGCUUCACACUCCUAACUUGCCAGUAUGCAACUGAACGAUGGGAAGCAGCCUUCGCUGUGACAUCAUUUUACCGCUUGCUAGGAAUAGGCAUAUCUUUCCUUCUCCAUGAUUACCUUUGUAACUUCGUUAAACUCUAUAGUUUAACUUUCUUCAUGGUGGUGGCAGUGAUUACCUUCACAUACUUAGACAUCAGAUUGGAGAACAUGAAGAAAUUAAAAAAUAUCUCCAGAUUAUGACCGUCAACAGUGCUGUGGUGAUAUAGGAAUUUUUUGAAAUCUAGAACGGUCAAACAUAAAUGCAGAAGUUAUGUGACAGAUAAUUAAAUUGGGAAAUUACGAAAGUUUCGAAGGAUUUGCAAUUAAGGAUGGAUUGUCUCAAAAGAAAGAUGCUCAUGCACUUGUUAUUAGAAGGCUCGAUGUUAAUGGAUGGUUAGCUGAAAAUGUAUCAGAAUGUAUGUUGAAAAUAGAUUUCUUAGAAAUUAACUUUAACCGCAACAUAGAACUUGAAUUCGACACAUCAGUUGUUAUAGGAAACAUUUCUCUUCAUUUAAAAAAAAUCAAACUUUGAUGAUUUUAUUUCUGUUGAGAGAAUUCACCAAAAAGCUAGAUUGCUGAUUUGUGCCAUAAGACAAUCUUUAUUGUAAAUUUUAGAUAUAAUCCUCUUUGAUAUAUUCAUACAUUUUAUUUUCAUAUGAUCCAAAAGUUAAUGACAAUUCGUAGUUUACUUUUCAAAAAGGCUGUUUAAAUAUUAAAUAUUACAAACUGAACACUCUCAAUUGAAUCUGACUUCAGUUUAUCCACAAUUCUUGUGUUUCAGAACUACAGAAAAAAUUAUGUAAUUUGUAAAAUUCAUGUAUGCCACUUUGUAGCUGAAUUUCACUUCUAGAGUCCUACUGUCUUUUAUAAACUAAUUAAUUUGAUUUCGUCAACAACUGCCACAAAGAGUUUAAAAAGCAGGAUUUUGUGCCAAACGUUAUGAGAGAAUCUUUUAUCUGUGAUUCAAUUUUUAAAAUUUUACUAUCUCCUUGAAAAAUUUCCUUAAAAAGGAAAUAGAAGUUGUCUUUUUCCCUUGACAGCACAUGUGGAAAAUUGCACUGAUUAAUGUUAUAUAAAGUUAACUAGGCGUAUAUGUAAAAUUAGAAGAAAAAAUAAGUUUCAGAUAUGGAAUUGUUGACUUGUAAGGAUAUUUACAAGGUUCACUGAUUUUUUAAGAGAUGUAUAUACUAUAGUUUGUCAUCUAUUUGUAUUGAAGAUGAAAAUAUCUCCGACUUGAUACAUUAGUCUAAUAGAGAUAAUUAUUGGUCAACUAUUUGUAUCGAAAAAUAAAAUUUGUGAUGUUUCUUUUUUA